AUUCUUGCAGCAGAAUGAAACAAAAGUAUUAUGCGGUGUUUGUGGGGAGGAAUCCCGGGAUUUAUGCCACAUGGGAUGCAUGCAAUGCUCAAGUUAACGGAUUUAGUGGGUGCAGACACAAGUCGUUCACGACUGUUGAAGAUGCUACGAAAGCCUGGAAUGAGUAUCAGGCAUCUUUCCCUGAUCGAAUGGUGCGACAUACAACUGGAAGUGGGGCUGCUCGUGCAUCUCAUCACCACUCAACAAUGGAUAGUGGCAAUUGUAUACCGGCUCUCACAGAUUGGACCCAAAUCGGCACCAAGAAUGUCCGGGAAGAUGGCAAGGCUGAGAGGGUGCCUUUUGUUGAAGUUGGAGAGGACUCUUACAUGGCUCGGCUUCUUCGUAUACUGCUUGGAUUGUUGAUUUUUUAUGCCGGUAUCAGGUUGUUUUGUCGGUUAUAGUAUAUGUAGGGCUAAUUGGGAUGAAAU